AUUUCCUGUUGUGGUGCUGCUCGCGUGAUUUAGUGUGUCAGCGAACAGUGAAAAUCAUGCUGUUGCUACAUGUUUAGAUUUAUGUUUUUCCCGCUAUUCAACCGUUUUAUGAUUUUCAAUGUUCAAAAAAUGGAGUCGUACAUAUGUCCACUACUAAGGAAUUAUAAAUAGUUAUUGCGUUAUGGGUUGUUGUGCAUCCAAACCGAAGGUGGAGGAGACGCAAGGUAGCACAAAAAAGGAAUAUUCGUGGGAUAAAAGAGCUCAAAUUGAUCCAAAAGAUUACAUAAUUGAAAAUGUAAAUGGCCAAACAGUUGGAAAGAUACCUGGUCAAGUCAAUGGGCAGCAAUUCAUCAUUCAAAAUUGUGAGGAUGCCUGCAUUUAUAUAUUUGACAACUCAGCACAGGUGACCAUUGAUGACUGCAAGAAUUGUCGAAUAUUUAUUGGUCCUGUGAAAGGCAGUGUGUUUCUGAGGGACUGUGCCGGAUGCAAGUUUGUAAUCGCCUGUCAACAGUUCCGUGCACGAGACUGCAAAAAGAUAGACUGUUUCCUUCACUGUGUCACACAGCCCAUCAUUGAAGCAUGUACCUCGAUGCAGUUUGGAUGCUUUCAGUACAAUUAUGAGGAAUUAGAAGAUCAGUUCAAGGCAGCAGAUAUUAGCUUAUUCAACAACAACUGGUCAAAUAUACAUGACUUCACACCAGUUGCUGAUGAGACCAACUGGGGCCUUUUGCCAGAGUCGUGUCUGAUCGUAUUCUUCUCUGAUGGAGGGUCAGACAGAAAAGAGCACGAAAUUUUCUUAAUGACAUGCGUGAGAACCAUACCCUUCAUGCUACUGCCUCGUCCACCUAGACUAAUGCGUGAGUUGUCGUUGAUGGGCGUGGUUGUUCAUUUGCAGCCACAUUGCACCCUAGUGCAGAGUAAGGAAGUUACAAUGCAGGAAGAUGAUGCCCGCCGCGUGUUUGGGUCAGAAUCCUACACAUUACUAGUAAAAUUAGGACCAGUGAUAGGAUUCGAGUAUAAUGGACCAAAUGCCAAUCUUCAUUGUCAAAAAGCCGUUGCUGACACAGCAUAUGGCACGACUGGCCUUGCCUUUGUUAGCAGCAAUCAAAAGACUGCCAUGUCGUACGUCGAGAACUUCUACAACUUUGCAGACAUGCAGAUGAGUGGCUAAGUGGCAUGAAGAUUAAACAGAGAAACAAUCAGAAGAUUACGUAUACAAGGGAUAUAAUUGAGUUAGUUGGGUUAACGAGCUAACUGAUGUGCUUCUACGAUGAGAAAAAGGGAGGUAUAUGAGUGAAAGAGAGCGAGAGAGAGAGGUUAGGAGGUUAAGCUGUUAGAAAAGGUUGUGCUAGAAUGUAGAUAUGUGAUUAAGCUGCUAGGAGCAUAGGCAAGCCUCAUUUAUGAUCUAGUCACAAAUCUAGGCCAUCUGGGAAGUAACUAUUGUUUGUUGGUUUUGUCUGUUAUCAUUUCUUCAUAAUAUUUUAGCUGAUUUUAUGAAGGCUUUCAAUGCAUAGCAUGUUCGCGUGCAUUCAUACAUAAUCUUUAUUAUGGAAUUAAGCCUUAAACAAGUGACAGUGACAGUAACAGCUGAAGUGACAGUGGGUAUGGGCAGUCAUUGAAGCUGGUGAGCAUUUGCUAUAUUGAUGAGCACCUGAUUAGUAUCUUGCUGUCCCCUACAUGUUUUCCUAAUAUUUUAGCAUAGUUAUUGACUUUAGGGCAACAUGGCGUUAUUUGCAUUUCUAGAUAAGCAUUCACUGUUAAGGCAUGUAAGGUACUCAAGUCACUUUAUUACACUUAUAUAGUAGGAUAUUGUAUUAUGAUGACCAGUUUUUAUGAGACUUCUACAGUUUACAGUUCUCGUUUUCUAAAGAUUAGCUGAAGUCAACAAAAUUGAUUGGUGGAUGCCACCAAGUUACUUGUGCUCGGUACAUGAAACGUGCGCUUCUAUUUCACGGUAGGUAUUUGCUCGUUUAAUAUUGAUGUAAGGCAUAUAAUAUCAAAUGGGGUUAAUAAGUGCUAUACGUUUUCGAAAUAUUGCUAUCCAUGACACAUCACUUCUAAUUGGCAUUGUAAAACGUGUGCACCAACCGGAGUAUAAUGAUACUCUGCAGGGAUGAAUGUUUCUGCAGAUUCAAUUACGGUUUACCAAUAAAGAUUGCCUUAACAAUUUAA